AUCCCAUUCAUUAUAAACAAAAAAAAAAAAAAGAAAAACCUUUACUCAUCUUUAUUCCACUGCCUCUCUGUCCAAUUAUAAAGAUGAAUCGGAAAGAACACAUUGACGUGGUACUCCCUAUCACUUGCAACAACAACCACUUGCUCACAACAUUUUAUUUCUCUAGCAAUCUUGAUGCCAUCAAAAGUUGGACGGUGACGUUGUAUGGGGAUGACAAUUCAAUUGACAUCAAAGUUUACUUUGUAGCAAGAGAGAACUGUGGAUGUGCCAUAAGGAACAGCAACUUGUUUAUCGAGUUUAGAAAUACAACCAACAUAUACAUUGCUCCACACCAGGGAAAAAAGCCUAUAUUUUUCAAGGAUACUGAGAAACAACUGUGGGAGUGGUAUUUCUUAAAAGCUAAAAUCUCCAGAAAGGAUGUCCUAAUGGAUGGUCAACUCUGCUUUGAUAUUGUGAUUACAACGCGUCCUGAGACGGAGGUGGUAGACCAGCCCUCGUCAACCUCGUCAACCUUGUCGAUAUCAAAAUACCAAAAGAUCAUGCUGACUCUGCUCAAAGAUGUAAAUUCAGUUGAUCUUUGCUUCGUCUUCAAGACUGACAAAACUUGCUCCAAUGUAGCGCUUUGGGCCCACAGCUCUAUCCUAUCCAGAUACCCGACAUUUGACAGCAUCAUUCAAGAGGCCAUAGGUUUAAACAGUUUAUUCUUACACUCCGAUGACGAAAAAGGCAAUGACACCAGUCCUAAUUCGCAUCUGACUGCUCGAGAGUAUGGUGAUGUCCUAGUUCAGCCUGUGUCCGAGACAUCAAUGGCUACAAUGUGUUCUUUGCUCCUGUACAUAUACACGGAUGAAAUAAACCUCUCUAUUGAUACCAAGAGACAUGCCAUCAGCAGAACAGAGAGCACGCUGACCGUGGUGGAUAUGAUGGGCCAGGGCAAGCGAUCAAUGGCAUGGCAUCCUUUGGACUCGGAUUCACAAUACAAGUUCAAGGAUGUCACUUGGGCAGAACUUCUUAUAGCAGCAGAGAAGUAUGGAGUCACUGAUCUGCAGUCCCAUUGUGAGAAAAAAGUGAUUGCAACUAUCAAGAAUUCCAAUGCAAUCGAGGUCCUGUUCAAUCUCGGGACGCGUUUCAAAACGAUCAAAACAGCAGCACUUGGCCAUAUUGUGGGCAACAUGACGGUCCUGUUCUCCGAAGGUCGUGAUCCCUUUGCACCAUAUGUUCACCAUCCAGAUUGUCAUACGCUAUUGAUCGAGGUGCUGCAAAACAAGGCAAAAAAAGGAUAGCGUCCCCGUGCGUUGAAUGAAACAAUUGUGGAAAUCAUGCAUCCCGUGUGUUGGAAUAUAAAAAAUAAAAAAUAAAAAUUACACAGUUUAUCCUG